AGAAACUGACGGAGCUGAGGCAGCGGAGAGAGGAAAAGGCUGGGGAUCGUGAAACCCAAAAAGUCUUGGUUCUCUCAGUUACUGCCCGCAUCGAGUCCGCAGCAGGCCUUCAGCACCAUGGACAGCCGCAUCGGCUCUGGGAACACCAGUGACUGUUCUGACCCCUUGGCUCCAGGGAGUUGCUCCCCAGCACCUGCCUCCUGGCUCAACUUGUCCCAUGUAGAUGGCAACCAGUCCGAUCCAUGUGGUCUGAACCGCACCGGGCUUGGCGGGAGCGACAGCCUGUGUUCUUCGCCUGGCAGUCCUUCCAUGGUCACAGCUAUAACCAUCAUGGCCCUCUACUCUAUCGUGUGCGUAGUGGGCCUCUUCGGAAACUUCCUGGUCAUGUAUGUGAUUGUCAGAUACACCAAGAUGAAGACUGCCACCAACAUCUACAUCUUCAACCUUGCUCUGGCAGAUGCCUUGGCAACCAGCACACUGCCCUUUCAGAGUGUCAACUACCUGAUGGGAACGUGGCCCUUCGGAACCAUCCUCUGCAAGAUCGUCAUCUCGAUAGAUUACUACAACAUGUUCACCAGCAUAUUCACCCUCUGCACCAUGAGCGUGGACCGCUACAUUGCUGUCUGCCACCCGGUCAAGGCUCUGGAUUUCCGUACCCCCCGAAAUGCCAAAAUUGUCAAUGUCUGCAACUGGCUCCUCUCUUCUGCCAUUGGUCUGCCUGUCAUGUUCAUGGCAACCACAAAAUACAGGCAGGGGUCCAUAGAUUGCACCCUCACGUUCUCGCAUCCCACCUGGUACUGGGAGAACCUGCUCAAAAUCUGCGUUUUCAUCUUUGCCUUCAUCAUGCCGGUCCUCAUUAUCACCGUGUGUUACGGACUGAUGAUCUUACGGCUCAAGAGCGUGCGCAUGCUGUCGGGCUCCAAGGAAAAGGACAGGAACCUGCGCAGGAUCACCAGGAUGGUGCUGGUGGUCGUGGCUGUGUUCAUCGUCUGCUGGACCCCCAUCCACAUCUACGUCAUCAUCAAAGCCCUGAUCACGAUUCCAGAGACUACCUUCCAGACGGUUUCCUGGCACUUCUGCAUCGCCCUGGGUUACACAAACAGCUGCCUGAACCCUGUUCUUUAUGCGUUCCUGGAUGAAAACUUCAAGCGCUGCUUUAGAGAAUUCUGCAUCCCAACCUCCUCAACGAUCGAACAGCAGAACUCCACUCGAGUCCGUCAGAACACUAGAGACCACCCCUCCACGGCUAACACAGUGGAUCGAACUAACCAUCAGUUGGAAAACCUGGAAGCAGAAACUGCUCCAUUGCCCUAACUAGGUUCCCAUGCCAUCCAGAGCCUUGCUGAGCUUAGAGGCCACCAUCUACUUGGAAUAGGGUUGCUGUUGGACUGAGGAGGAGACUCUAGUUUCCUAGGAAACCACCUGGUCCUGCAUCACUCAAAGUCUGCCCUCUCUGGCUACUUCAUCCUGCACAUGAGAGACAUUCAUACUGUACCAAGCACUGGGAAGGAAGAUAUUAUAUGAUACUACUGAAUCCAGCUCGUAUAUAGGACCACCAGAAACAUACUUAGUGGACCACAAUACUUUAUGGUAUGUGAGCUGGGGUCAUCACAGAAGAUGACCCCUCUGUGCAUAGAAUUUCUAUUUUCAAGAAAAUACAUAUGACCUUAUCAAAGAGAAACUAUCAAUUGUUGAGUUCAUUGUAGUAAACCCUAAGGUAAAUGCUACCUCUGACCUCUAACCCAGUUACCUUCUAUGGAAAGUUCCAGUCUUUCUGGUCUUUUGUAAGGGGAUGUAUUAUGUUUGACCUACAAUGUUCACCUUGAAAUCAUUGUCUAGUUAAGACAUCAGGGCCACCUCCAUUUCUUGGUUUUGUAUUGUUUGAAGGAACAUAUCUCUCUCCCUAGCUCCAUAAUGAAAAUGAAGGGGAUGCCAAACACAGUGUCAGCUGCAGAGUGGUUGAUUCCCACACUGAAAUGACUUUCUGGGAGUUACAAUAUGGGGAUGGCCUCCCUAUUUCCCUCGCUGUCCUCCAAGUGUUAUCAAGUUAAGUUUAUGAAGUUACCCAGUGAACUCAUCAUGCCAUCCAAGCCAGAAGCCACGAAUUUUGCUAUCUUUAUUUCUCCGUAACAUUGCCAUUCUGCAUGCUUUCUUUUAGAUUAUUUCCUCUCAUGCCUUCUGAAACAGCAUGAUAAAACAGCAGUUGUUUUGUUAGGUGACAGGAAAGUUUAAGCAUUUUUUAAAAUACGAACCCAAUAAACAUAAUUACAAGACAGACUCAAACAACCAUAUAGAAAAAGAUGUGAUCUGUUUCUCAAUCCUAUGUAAUUACUUAAAUAUGAAAUACUAACAAUAUCCAAACCUCUCUCCCUAAAGAUUUGCAUUUUUUGUAAUGUCAUAAUCAUUAUCU